AUUUUUAGAUUAACUUUGCUUUGGUUAACCUUAACUCAAGUGUAUAGCUCGUGCGAAAUUGAAUUUCUACCGGUUUACUAUCCCAACGAAGAGGAGAAAAGGGACCCUAAGUUGUACGCGAACAACGUCCGAGCAGUUAUGGCGAAAGCUUUAGGUAUUCCGGUGUUAGAUUACACCUAUGAUGAUUGUAAAUUAAUAACGCGUGCCAAAGAAAUGAACCUUCCCAAUGCGAAUUGUUUGCUUGAGGUUCAAAAAAUUCGACAUAAACUUGGAUUGGAUGAAAACUCUACAGAAAUAAAACUUGUUGAUUCAAAAAUGCAUUGCAAAGAUUGUUCGAAAGUAACUUUAUCAGAAUUCGCUCAUUAUUUAGAUAUUUCUUCAAAUGACCCAGCUUUACAACAAUUAUUUAAAAUUUAUGAUAAAAAUUCAACAGGAGUAAUAGACUUUAGAGAAUAUCUUUUAGGUGUUUUAGGUUUACCAUAUAGUAAAAGCCCCAUGGAUGCUAUAUCCAUAGCUUUUAAAAUUUAUGAUCGAUCCGGAUUGGGUCGAUUACACAUAGAAGACUUUAGUAAAGUGUUAUCGCACACUUUAGCGAUGGACUUUGCGGAUUCAUUAGAAAUAUUUCGAAGAAUAGACGUUCACGGUUUGGAAUAUGUGACAUUCGACGAUUUUAAAUCGUUUAUGUCUCAUAAUAAGUUGGAUUACGCGUAUCUUUUUAACUUUGAAAAGGAGGAAGAGAAAGUUAAGGUUAGAAACGGAGAGAUUUGUCCGAAUGAUUACAAGAAAACUCAAUAAGUUAAAGAAAAAAAAUAAAUAACCAGGAUUAUCUGCA